AUGGCGCCUCAAAAACACAAGCUUGAUGAGUCAAGAUCGGAUGCUGUUAGCACAAAAGAAAAAUCUAGCAUAAACAAUACUUCCAUCACCAGCAGCAAAUGUCGACGUCUGGCAGGACCGGCCGUCGCUGGAAGCUCAUCGCAAGAUACUAAUGAAGCAUGCUACAGUCCACAGGUAACAGGAUCAAUGAAUUCUGAACCAGGAGAUCAGAAUCCGCUCCAAUGGUCUUCUUUCGAGUCACCUAUUCUUCAUGCGUAUCGCUACGAUUAUCGUUUAAAUACACCUGCAGCCUUUCAUAAAUCUUACAACCAGAUGACACUCUCCAAGUCAAGUAUGGGUAGGAUGUCACCGACAAUGGCCAGUAAGAAAUGUGAUCGAAGGCAAAGUAAAGAUCAGCUGGCUGCAGCGGUUAAAAAGCACUUCAAAAGUAUGGGCAUUGUGGAAAACGAUGUUAUCGUGGAAUUCUUGUACAAAGUUCGGCAUCAAGAUAAAAGUUUUCGAAUGCGAUUUUCCCCGAAUGAUCAAAAGGAAAUCAAGUUACAAAGCUAG